AUUCAACGCAGCGUUUGAAGCGGUCUGCACAGCCUUCUGGGCCCGAAUUGAGGCUCAACAACUACAGCAGUCCCCUGCCUUGCCUGCCACUGGGGAGACUUCCAGCGUAGAACAGAUGCAAUAUGCUUCACAUGAGACACACGAGUAUAGUCCUUACCUAUCUCGCAGGCAGGUGAAAAAGCCCCAUCCCUCACAGGAUGACAGGCGGGGUUCAGAGGCUCCUACUUCAUACCGAGCGGUGAGCAGAGACACGACCCAAACUCCGGCGGCAGACACCGCUGUCCUGAUCGCUACGGACCACCCGGUAGUUUGGGCCCCCUGGGGCGGCCUUUCGCAACAGCCCGGACCCAAGCCUCACUAG